AUGCGGCGCGGACUUUUGAUCUUUAUUCUGGUCAACCUCCUUAUUCUAUCCCUUUUAAUACGCAGCGUCUCGACGCUUUUGUCGCUUCUAGUUGAGGAUGCCGCUGCAGACGCCAUUCACCGUUCGGAGCUGCCGUCGCCCAAUUCCAGUUUGAUCGAAACGCGCCCUCAGAUCAUCCCCAAGAUCAUUCACCAGACCUACAAGAACGAGACCAUUCCUGAGGUCUGGCUUGAGGCUCAGAAGAGCUGCAUUGAUCUGCACCCAGAUUACGAGUAUAUUCUCUGGACCAACGAGAAGUCGCGCGAUUUCAUCGCUGCUGAAUACCCCUGGUUCUUGGAUACCUUCGACGGCUACAAGUACCCCAUUCAGCGUGCGGAUUCCAUUCGUUACUUUGUUCUGGCGCACUAUGGUGGCACAUACAUCGAUUUGGACGACGGUUGCAACCGUCGUCUCGACCCCUUGCUCGCCUACCCUGCUUGGGUGCGCCGCACCGUGCCUACUGGUAUCUCCAACGAUGCGAUGGGCUCUGUGCCUCAACACCCAUUCUUCCUCCGCACGAUUGAGUUGUUGCAACAGUACGACCGCAGCUGGCUGCUCCCCUACGUGACGGUCAUGUACACAACCGGCCCGCUUUUCUUGUCAGUGAUCUGGAAAGAGUACAUGCAAGAGAAGCCUAGCGAGUCAGCGCGUGUGCGCAUUCUGAUGCAGGAUGAGUACAAUCGCUUCUCCUGGAGCUUCUUCACCCAUCACACGGGAAACAGCUGGCACGGAAAGGACGCGCGCUUUAUCUUCUGGAUGGGUCAACAUUGGGUGUUCCUGACCAUCAUGGGCUUCGCUCUGGCAGGUGUUGUCGGAAUCUGCCUCUGGUGGACCUACGGCCGUGUGGUGCUCCUGGGAGCCCAGUAUCGUUACCGCUACACCAAGUUGCCCUCGAUCAUCAGCCCGUCCCGUCCAUCCUCUUCGCCCACCCGGCGUGCGCGACGCAUGAUGCCCACCCUGCUCCGGCGGGUCAGUUUCAAGGAAGACGAAGAAUCGGCCGGGGUCACAGAGACCUCAUACGAGCUUGGUCGUCGUGACGACUGA